CGUCCCUCGCGCCGGCGGCCCCAGUCCCCUCCCCACCGGCCGCGGCGGGCACAGCGCGUCGCCUACCCACAGGCGGGGGCGCCGGCCGGGCGCAUGCGCGCGGCGCUCCCGGGCGUGCCGGCCACACUCCCCCCACCCACUCGGUGAGCUUGUCACUUCCUGCCCUCGCCCCAUCUCCGUCCGGGGUCAGUCAGUCGCUCCCUGUCGCUGCCGGAGAGUCUCAGCUUCCCCCUUCCUACGCGCUCCGCGGCGGUAGCUCGGGCUCUCCGGAGGAGGGGGCGACAGAGAAAAAGAGAGGCUGACUUAAUAAAGUUUCCUGAAACAACAACUACCACCGAAAAGGCCCAAGGUGGGGGGAGACCCCCAUUCUUCUCCGCCCCUCUCCUAAAGCCUGAGGGACCGUUGCAGGUGGAGCGGCGCUGGUGGGACCCGGGUUGCGGCGGCAGCCGUUGCCCCGGCGAGGGAAGCCUCAGGUCCUGCCCGCUCCGGUUCCGGCUCCUUCGGUGGUGGCGGCGGCAGCUGCUGCCGGGCGGUUCCUCCUGUCAACUGCCUCCGCCCGCGCGCCUCCCGCCUAGCCACACAGCGCGGAGGACGCCGUGAGCCGCCGCCGCAGUCGUCUCGGCCCGCGGAGGGACGUGGUGAGCUGUGGCGCUUCCGCGUCAGCGCCGGCGGGGACUCUUUGGGAGCGCGUCGGGCCCGAGUCCGGGUUCCCUCGCGUGGUCAGCGGAGGCUGCGCCAGGUGGGGCCCGCAGCCGCCUCCCACGCCAGGCUGUCCCCGCGGCCGCCCGGCCUGCCUUCCUUCCUUCCGCCCGCCCGCCGGCCCGCCCUAGGAGUUGACCACGCCGCAAUGAAGAGCUUCUUACAGUGAAAGCAAAGUAGGUCGAGUCCACUGAAAAUGCCUUUAAGGGACAAAUACUGUCAGACUGACCACCAUCAUCACGGAUGCUGUGAACCAGUUUAUAUCCUGGAACCUGGAGAUCCUCCUUUGUUACAGCAACCACUACAGACAUCCAAAUCUGGUAUUCAACAAAUAAUUGAGUGCUUUCGAUCAGGAACUAAACAACUUAAGCAUAUUUUAUUAAAAGAUGUGGACACUAUUUUUGAAUGUAAGUUAUGCCGCAGUCUCUUCAGAGGAUUACCAAAUUUAAUUACCCAUAAAAAAUUCUACUGCCCACCAAGUCUCCAGAUGGAUGACAACCUUCCUGAUGUAAAUGAUAAACAAAGCCAAGCCAUAAAUGAUCUCCUAGAAGCCAUAUAUCCAAAUGUGGACAAACGAGAAUAUAUUAUUAAGCUAGAACCCAUAGAAACUAAUCAAAAUGCAGUAUUUCAAUAUAUUUCGAGGACUGAUAAUCCUAUUGAAGUCACAGAGUCAAGCAGUACUCCUGAACAAACCGAAGUUCAAAUACAGGAAACUAGCACUGAACAGUCAAAAACAGUACCGGUUACAGAUACAGAGGUGGAAACUGUAGAGCCCCCUCCUGUUGAGAUUGUUACAGAUGAAGUUGCACCUACAUCUGAUGAACAACCUCAGGAGUCGCAGGCUGACUUGGAAACUUCUGACAAUUCUGAUUUUGGUCACCAGUUGAUAUGUUGUCUUUGUAGAAAAGAAUUCAAUUCUAGACGAGGUGUUCGCCGUCACAUUCGAAAAGUACACAAGAAAAAGAUGGAAGAACUAAAAAAGUACAUUGAAACACGAAAGAAUCCAAACCAAUCCUCUAAAGGACACAGUAAGAAUGUUCUAGUUCCAUUAAGUAGGAGUUGUCCAGUAUGUUGUAAAUCAUUUGCUACAAAAGCGAAUGUAAGGAGGCAUUUUGAUGAAGUUCAUAGAGGACUAAGGAGGGAUUCAAUUACUCCUGAUAUAGCAACAAAGCCUGGGCAACCUUUGUUCCUGGAUUCUAUUUCUCCUAAAAAAUCUUUUAAGACUCGAAAACAAAAGUCGUCUUCAAAGGCUGAAUACAAUUUAACUGCAUGCAAAUGCCUCCUUUGCAAGAGGAAAUAUAGUUCACAAAUAAUGCUUAAAAGACAUAUGCAAAUUGUCCACAAGAUAACUCUUUCUGGAACAAACUCUAAAAGAGAAAAAGGCCCUAAUAAUACUGCCAACAGUUCAGAAAUAAAAGUUAAAGUUGAACCAGCAGAUUCUGUAGAAUCUUCACCCCCUUCCAUUACCCAUUCUCCACAGAAUGAAUUAAAGGGAACAAAUCAUUCAAAUGAAAAAAAGAACACACCGGCAGCACAGAAAAAUAAAGUUAAACAAGACUCUGAAAGCCCUAAAUCAACUAGUCCGUCGGCUGCAGGUGGCCAGCAAAAAACCAGAAAACCAAAACUUUCAGCUGGCUUUGACUUUAAGCAACUUUACUGUAAACUUUGUAAACGUCAGUUUACUUCCAAACAGAACUUGACUAAACACAUCGAGUUGCACACAGAUGGAAAUAACAUUUAUGUUAAAUUCUACAAGUGUCCUCUUUGCACUUAUGAAACUCGUCGGAAACGUGAUGUGAUACGACAUAUAACUGUGGUUCAUAAAAAGUCAUCUCGUUAUCUUGGGAAAAUAACAGCCAGUUUAGAGAUCAGAGCUAUAAAAAAGCCUAUUGAUUUUGUUCUAAAUAAAGUGGCAAAAAGAGGCCCUUCGAGGGAUGAAGCAAAACAUAGUGAUUCAAAACAUGAUGGCACUUCUAACUCUCCUAGUAAAAAGUAUGAAGUAGCUGACGUCGGUAUUGAAGUAAAAGUCACAAAAAACUUUUCUCUUCACAGAUGCAAUAAAUGUGGAAAGGCAUUUGCCAAAAAGACUUACCUUGAACAUCAUAAGAAAACUCAUAAGGCAAAUGCUUCCAAUUCACCUGAAGGAAACAAAACCAAAGGCCGAAGUACAAGAUCUAAGGCUCUUGUCUGAUAACUUCAAGUGAUGUACGAAAAGGUUUGGAGUUCAUUUUUGUGGAAAGACUUUAAAUUGGUGUUAGAACCACUAAACAUCUUCAAAUGGUACUAUGAGGAAAAAAAGAAAAACAUUUUUCUAAAUAUUCAACUAUAACUGCUGUUUUCUGACUAAAAUAACCAUCUAACCACUUGUUUCUAAGGCACUGCCUAUUCCAGCACUUUCAAGUAGCUGUGAUAUUACGUGUUGUCAUCACAGUCCAUCAGCUAUCCACCCUUGACCUUGUGCAUUUGGUCUACAGUUUCUACAAAAAUGUUACAAAUUUUGUUUUCUAAACAAUUUGUUGAUUAAGUGAUCAACAACCUGAAGAAAAUAUCAAUUUUUAAUUGACAAAGACUUUAUAUCUUAGUGAUUUUAGUUUUGUUUCUCUUUAUUUGGCAACAUUUUCAUCUGAAUUGUAUAGAUAUAUGAUUUUCUAGUGAGUGUAUGUUAGGAACAAAAGACAAAAUAGUAUCAACACAUUAUAAAUAUUUAGCUUACUAAAUAUUUGUAAUUAUUUUUACAUCCAUUUAUUUCUAGCUUGUUCUCUAGCACUUCAGUGUUUGAAAGUUUCAUCCUAAAAUAUAUACUACAGGAAAGUUGCAGUUCAUUUUCAUGCAUGGAUCAUUACAUUUUUCACUUGUAAACAUAGGUUUUUAUGAAAAUUAAACAUUCCCCUAUUUUUCUUUAAAUUUUAUACAAAGCACUUUAAUGAUAGAUGCAACCUUAUUUUUCAGUUCCUAUUUUUUUAAAGACCACACAUUUACUAAUGUUAAUAUGAAGGUAAUAAAUAGCUUACUGAUAUUUUAUGGAUGCAGACAAUCCAUGCACAACCACUUCUUAUGAUACUAGUUUAUUUCCUUAAAUAUUGCUAUAAAAGGAAGAUGCGGGUGUAAGCCCUGAUUUUUUUUCUCCCAAGAAAAAUCUUAAAGGACCACUUUAGAUAAUAUUUGAUUCCUACUGUAAAAUUUAGAAAAUGAUGAAUUCUUGUCCAUUUUUGUAAUCAAGAUUUUAGGAAAAACAGAAGUACAUCUAUCUUUAUGAAAUUUUGGGCAGGUUUUUGUGUAUCAAUAUUUUGUACUUUUUAGGGAAUAUUUUAUUUUUUAGUUAUUUGUGUCAAAUUAUAAUUAUAAAAGGUACAGCAGAACAUAUACCAUGUUUUUAUAUAGGUUCACACCUGUACUUAGGAGGGACCCUGUCCAUCUAUAUACUUUUUGUAUAAAAUUUUAAAAUGUUAAAGAUCCACAAGGUCUUAAUAAAAUGAUUCUAUAGCUAGAAAAACAUUUACCUUCCCAGUGCUUUGCACUAAAAUAUACUGUGAAAGGAAACUAGAAAGACUGUAACUAUUGCUGGAAAUGUUCUAUAUUGAAUGUACAUGCUCUUGUUGGAAAAAUGUACUAUAUGUGAUGGAAAUAAACCAGACUCGAAGUUAUUUCAGCUAAA